CCCCCCAGGCUAGAGGAAUGAAUGUUUCCAAACAACUAGAGGAGAUUCUGAUCUUGCCUGCUGCUUCUCAAGAGGCUCUCCUGAGGUUGCCUUAUUCUCCCCCUCCUCCAGUCUAUGCCCACCUGCUGCUUGACUCCGCAGAGAACCCCCUUGCUGCGUUACCCUAUUCCCAGUCUCCACUGAGGUCUCUCCUCGGUUGGAACCAUUUAAAGAGACAGAACAAGCGGCAAGUAGAGCGGGAAUCCCUUGCCCCGACUCCUGAUUGGCUGAACCGGUGUUCUGACGCAAGGAGGUUCCCUUCGUUGGAACGCGGCGGCGCGCAACGUUCGCACAAACGGCGCGGCCCCCGCCUCCUCCACUUUCCCUUCAGUCUUUUCUUCCGAUCCCGGGCAAAACCCCGCUUCUGCUGCACGAAGCGGAAACUCCUCCAUUGUUUGCCGCGGGGCAGCGCGGGUAGAGCAGGUGUGUCCAGGUGUGUAAAGAGUGACCUGAGGGCAAGCUGUGGCCGCUGUACAUGCUCCUUUUCUGCCUCUGCCAAUGGCAAACUCCAUUUGCCCUUUCUUUUCCCAAGUGAUAAGAAGAAAAGCUCUGACUGGAUAGCAGCUAUUACAUUUUACUCACCAGAAACGUAGAGGGAAUUCAGGGCAGACGAAAGAAAGUCCUUCUUCACACAGCACAUAGCUAAACCAUGGAAUUGGCUACCACAGAAUGUAAUGAAGGACACAACAGCAUUCUAUGAACUACGGUACCCAAGAUGCUUUAUUGCGGGGGAUGCAGCCUAGAUUACCUCCAGUGUCAGAAACUUUGUCCUAUGGUUUAUGGCUGGUCAUUUGUCCAGGAGAGCAAAACCACAAACCUGGGUUCAGAUGACACACUAAGUGACUAAGCCAAACCAUGGUUCAGCUCAGCUCAGCACAGCGGCAGAACGACUGGAGAACAGCAAAGCAGCCAUGCUCUCGUCUCCAAGAGCUCACACCUUCACUGAACCAUGGGUUGGCUUUACAGGAUGUGCAAACCAAGUCAACAGAGAAGCUCCUUCAAGGCCUUUCUGCCCACCCCAGUUUUCUGGGUCACAGGCAUGAUGGCACAAGCACAUGCAUUCAGUCUCUGACAGCUGUUUCUUAUAGUGAUUAAGGAGGCUGUAAUUUGGGGUGGGUUUAACCCUUUUUCAACCCAAUGCUUUUCCAUUGUAGUUCCCCCUUCAACAGCCUGCCCUCCCCACAAGACUCAGGGCAGGUGUUUGAAAAAGUUAACUUUUAUUUGGAACCCUGCAGUUUCUCUGCUCCACUCCCGCAACCAAUUUUCACUACGAGAAACAGCUGUCUAGAUUUUUAUUUUCAGUAUCUAAUAUGUACCGUAGUUUGACACUGAGGCUGUGUACACAUUACUGGUUUAAAACAUUGACAAUAUCGUUCUCUUUCUCAGUUCAGAUCAAACCUGGUUUGGGGGGAAACACAUGAAAAAGCAGUAUUUCAUAAGAAACUGCAAGAUAGAUAUGGAUGGUGGCUAAUGUCAUGUGCACACCACUUUCCCAACUAGCUGUGGGAGUUCACUGGGUGCAGUGUGCAUACCACCUGAGUCUCUAAGAUAUAACAGGAAUUUUUGUCGUCUGGCUACAAACAACAUGAUUCUGGAACUGUGCUUGUAACACUGUUUGGCACUAGGUGGUGCUGAUUCUUUGUGUUUGACAAGAGCACUAAAUGAAAGGGAAUUUGGUGUGAGACUCGUUCCCUCCCCAAUCCAGCAAAUUACAAUAUAGAAAUUGUAACACACAGAAACACACCAUUGCCAUCCCUUAAAAUGUAUGCUGUGGAUCUUUCCAUGCUGGUUGCUGCUCUGUGGCCAGCACAGAAAAUCAGCCUACUAGCCUCUUGAGACGUUAGUAAAAAAGCAAACUUA